UGUGAUUUCCUACAUAGGGGAGGAGGAGUCAAAAGUGAAAGUAUUCAGCUGAUGUCUCUGUUGUUCAGACGCCAUUUUAAAAGGGCAGCGCAGCAGCAGGAAACUGUCGACUGAGGCUGAUUGGAGAAGAACUGAAAGUGAAAGUAUUCAGCUGAUGUCUCUGUUGUUCAGACGCCAUUUUAAAAGGGCAGCGCAGCAGCAGGAAACUGUCGACUGAGGCUGUCAGUUUUAGUGGUUUCUCUGUCAGACUGACUGAAGUCCUGAAGAUGAGUGUUUGUGUGGAGGACAGAGCAGAGUCUCCAGGACCCAGCUGUCCGUCUAUGAGGAGUGAUCGGUCCAAAAACGAACCUCCAGUCUUCAGUGAUGAACCUGGACCCUCAGACUCACAAGGUCAGAACCACAGACAGAGAGCAGAGUCUCCAGGAUCCAUCUGUCUGUCUAUGAAGAGUGACCAGUCCAAAGGAGGUCUUAUAAACUUCAGUGAUGAACCUGGACCCUCAGACUCACAGAAGAGGAGAGGUGUCUCUGUGGAGGAGCAGCCGUCCAGCUGUGCUCUGUGUCAGGACGUCCUGAAGGAUCCAGUCUCUACCAGCUGUGGACACUGGUUCUGCAGACAGUGCUUCACCUCAUACUGGGACCAGUCUGGUUCUUCAGGAGACUCCUCCUGUCCCCAGUGUGGAAAAAGACCCAGAACAAGACCUGGACUGCAGACAGCCAGUCAGACCAGCACUGAACAAACAGAUAGUGGUCUGCAGGAGGUUUUACAUCAACAUAAGAUCAGUCUGAGGAGCAGAUGUGAACAUGUGACUGAAGGAACUGAUGGAACAGGAAGUGGAACCCUCCUCAACAGGAUCUACACUGAGCUCCACAUCACAGAGGGACAGAGUGAAGAGGUUAAUACCCAACAUGAGGUGAGGCAGCUGGAGACAACUUCCAAGAAGAACACCCUCCAUGACGCUCCAAUCAGGUGCCACGACAUCUUUAAAGCCUUACCUCUCCGACAGAGACACAACAUCUCUAAAGCCUUACCUGACCAACAGAGAGAAGACGUCUUUAAAGCCUCACCUGACCAACAGAGAGAAGACGUCUUUGAAGCCUCACCUGUCCAACAGAGAGAAGACGUCUUUAAAGUCUUACCUGUCCGAAAGAGAAUCGACAUCUUUGAAGCCUUACCUGUCCAACAGAGACGCCGCAUCUCUAAAGCCUUACCUGUCCGACAGAGACGCCGCAUCUCUAAAGCCUUACCUGUCCGACAGAGACGCCGCAUCUCUAAAGCCUUACCUGUCCGACAGAGACACGACAUCUUUGAAGCCUUACCUGAACAGCAGAGAGAAGACAUCUUUAAAGUCUUACCUGAACAACAGAGAGAAGACAUCUUUAAAGUCUUACCUGAACAACAGAGAGAAGACAUCUUUAAAGUCUUACCUGACCAACAGAGACGCUGUAUCUCUAAAGUCUUACCUGUCCGACAGAGACGCCGCAUCUCUAGAGCCUUACCUGUCCGACAGAGACACAACAUCUCUAAAGCCUUACCUGUCCAACAGAGAGAAGACGUCUUUAAAGCCUCAGCUGACCAGCAGAGACCCAUCAGAGUGGUUCUGACCAACGGCGUCGCUGGCGUUGGAAAAACCUUCUCGGUGCAGAAGUUCUCUCUGGACUGGGCAGAGGGCUUGGAGAACCAAGAUGUCAGUCUGCUGGUUCUGCUUUCGUUCAGGGAGCUGAACCUGAUCAGAGAUCAGCAGUACAGUCUUCUCAGGCUGCUCCAUGUUUUCCAUCCAACAUUACAGAAGGUCACAGCAGAGCAGCUCGCUGUCUGUAAAGUUCUGUUCAUCUUUGACGGCCUGGAUGAAAGCAGACUGUCACUGGAUUUCAACAACAGGAAGUCUGUGUCUGAUGUCACACAGGAGUCAUCAGUCAACGUGCUGCUGACAAACCUCAUCAGGGGGAAUCUGCUUCCCUCGGCUCUCGUCUGGAUAACUUCCAGACCUGCGGCGGCCAAUCAGAUCCCUCCUACAUGUGUGGACAGGGUAACAGAAGUACAUGGCUUUGCUGACGCCCAGAAGGAGGAGUACUUCAGGAGGAGAUCCAGUGAUGAAGAGCUGUCCAGCAGAAUCAUCUCACACAUCAAGACGUCCAGGAGCCUCCACAUCAUGUGUCAAGUCCCAGUCUUCUGCUGGAUCACUGCUACAGUUCUGGAGCACAUGAUGACCACAGACCAGAGAGGAGAGCUGCCCCAGACCCUGACUGACCUGUUCUCACACUUCCUGCUGGUUCAGACACAGAGGAAGAACAACAAGUACCAUGAGGGACGUGAGACGAGUCCACAGGAGCUGACGGAGGCUGACGGGGAAGUUCUUCUGAAGCUGGGGAGGCUGGCGUUUGAACAUCUGGAGAAAGGAAACAUCAUGUUCUACCAAGAAGACCUGGAGCAGUGUGGUCUUGAUGUCACAGAGGCCUCGGUGUACUCAGGACUUUGUACUGAGAUCUUCAGAAGAGAGAGUGUGAUCUUCCAGAAAACAGUCUACUGCUUUGUUCAUCUGAGCGUUCAGGAGUUUCUGGCUGCAGUCUACAUGUUCCACUGUUACACCAACAGGAAGAGAAAGGUCCUGGAGAACUUCCUGAGGAAACAACAUGUUGAUUCAACCCUGGAUGAGUUCCUGAGGAGAGCCAUGGAGAAAUCCUUCAGAAGUGAAAAUGGUCACCUGGACCUGUUUGUUCGCUUCCUUCAUGGCCUCUCUCUGGAGUCCAACCAGAGACUCUUAGGAGAUCUGCUGGGUCAGACAGAGAACGGUCCAGAAACCAUCCAGAGAGCCAUCAACAACCUGAAGGAGAUGAAGAGUUAUUUUAUCUCUCCUGACAGAAGCAUCAACCUCUUCUACUGUCUGAUGGAGAUGAAGGAUCACUCAGUUCAUCAGGAGAUCCAAGAGUUCCUGAAGUCAAAGAACAGAUCAGAGGAGAAACUCUCUGACAUCAACUGCUCAGCUCUGGCCUACAUGCUGCAGAUGUCAGAGGAGGUUCUGGAUGAGUUGGACCUGAAGAAGUUCAACACAUCAGGGGAGGGACGACGGAGACUGAUCCCAGCUGUGAGGAACUGCAGGAAGGCUGAACUUGAUUAUUGUGGGCUCUUAGAGACUCACUGUGAAGUCGUGGCCUCAGCUCUGAAGUCCAACCCCUCCCACCUGAGAGACCUGGACCUGAGUCACAACCCUAACCUACAGGAUUCAGGAGUGAAGCUUCUGUCUGCUGGACUGGAGAGUCCAAACUGUCGACUGGAGACUCUGAGCUUGAGUUUCUGCAGGUUGUCAAAGAUCAGCUGUGAUUUUCUGGCCUCGGUUCUGAAGUCCAACCCCUCCCAUCUGAGACACCUGGACCUGAGAGGAAACCACCUGCAGGAUUCAGACGUGAAGGAUCUGUAUGAUCUUGUGGAGAGUCCAGACUGUAGACUGGAGACUCUGAGAUGGAGAAACUAUAGGAAUGAUAUUGAAGAGGACGGUGUGUAUGUGUGUGUGCGUGUGUCUGUGAAGCAGUGAUGACUCUGCAGUCUAAACUGAUCUGAGUCACACACACAGUCCAGUCCACCAUCCUCCCUGUGUGACUCCCCCCAUGAAAAUCAAGUGUUUAUAUGUACAUUUGAUGUUUUUAUCUAUUACAAGACAUAUCCAUACAUCCGUACAUUAGCUAUUGCACUUAUCCUUAUAGGGGCGCAGGGGGGCUGGAGCCAAUCCCAGCUGACAUUGGGCGAGGGCGGGGUUCACUCUGGACAGGUCGAUUAAACAUAUGAUGAGUGAAAUAAUCAUCAACACCAUGACUGAGUGUUUCUACCUUGAACUGCAGUGAACCAAUGACAGUCUCAUAACAACAGACUCAGGCAGCCAGAGUGUCAUACGUCACAAACCUAAGGAACCAAUCCUGUCAGCUUGUGGGGACGGGGGGGCGGGGUUAAAUAAAUGUAAAAAAGUAAGUAAGUAAAGAUGUAUUUAUACAGCAACAUUCACAGAUAAAAAUCAUAAAGUGCUUUACAUCAGAAAAUUUAAAACUUCAAAAGUACAGUUAGCAUUAGAACAACUGGUAUCACUGUGUCAGCCACUGCCAGCUACAAGCUAACAAAAACAAAAACAAAUAAAAAAAUGCUAACUAUGCUAACAGUUCUGAUCCGUCUGCUAGUCUCUGGUUCUGGUCUCAGACUCCUCCUCUGAGUCUGGGUCUGACUGAGUCUCUCUGAUGUUUCCUCCUCUCACCAUCUUGAUGCUCUCUGCUCUUUUACCUGUCCACCUGGAGCCAGCAGGUGGUGGGCGGGGCUCAUGGUCUGAUCCAUAUUUCUCAAUCAGGAAGUAAGAGGAGAUGUGACUUUUUAUGUGUGAAAUUUUUGAUAAGUGCCAUACAAACAAUGUAUUCUUAUCUGCUGUUUGGCGUGUUCAUAUUUAUACUGUACACAGCUGACCUGCACCUUGUACACGUUUAUAUCCAGGUGUUUAUAAGUAUAUUAUGUCUAAUACCAGCACUUUCCUUCUUCCUCCUUCAUUGUAAUUUAUUCAUCUCUGUAAGUAGAGUAUGUGCAUUCCUAUACUGUUUGCACUGAGACAGUUGGACAAUAAAGUUGAAUGUAAUCUAAAAAUGAUUUUAAAAAUAAAUCAGUUCAUAUCUAA